CGGAUUGUAGUGUCGCCGGCUGAAAAAUCUGACGUCGUUUUUAUCAUUCCGAUUAAUCUUUGGUUCUUUUGUUUUUUCGCAAAUCUUUUAAACUGAUUUCGUUAUCGAUAUUCGCAUAUUCUGACCGUAUGUUUGAGCGAACAAUUUAGUGACGUUUUGGGCGAAGCGCAUCGUUUUUGCAUUUUAGUGACAUGGUGAGAACGUAUCGCAGUGCUUGAACCACUUGUUUCGAGCAAGGAUGCCUAAGGUGGCGUUGUUAGGCUCACCUUACACAUCGGCUUCAAGAGAUACGCCCCCUAGGUCGCCAGUGUGUAGCCCCGCUUGCAGUCCCAUUGUCGAAGUAUCCAGCAGGAGUAUAAGUCCUGCAUCUCCGCGAUCUCCUCUUCCAGGAACUGGCUCCCGACACAGCGCGUUUUCUCUGGUCUAUCCUAAGGAUAUCAGAAACGAUAGUAUGGGCGCCCUUAUGUACGCCAGCUCAAUCAACCCUCUAAUAUCUUGUUCCUAUCCUCCAUACAUAUGGCAUCCCAUCCAAGGCCUAUUUCUACCUUACAAUCCCGCGCACACCUCAGAACCGCUUAGCCCGGAAAGAGCAAGUAACGUUGAGCAAGCAAAAAAUCCGGAAAAAACCAAAACGGACGAAGAGGCACCCUUAAACUUGUCCUUAAAGGGACGUUCUCGAACGACCAGUAUAUGGUCCCCGGGUAGUCUAUGUGAACAGGAAAUGAAAAACGUCAAACCUGAGACCAGUAUUCACACCACCAUUUUCAGUCCUGUCAAAUCGAUGGAUUGCCGGUGGAAGUGGGAUAGUGAAAAAGACAUCCAAAUGAAAGUCCAUACGGUUGGAGGCGAAAAGCAAUUUGUGUGUCAACAAUGUGGCAAAUCGUUUAAACGGUCUUCGACGCUGUCGACGCACCUGCUCAUCCAUUCGGACACGAGACCGUAUCCCUGUCAGUAUUGCGGUAAACGGUUUCAUCAAAAAUCGGACAUGAAAAAACACACAUACAUCCAUACCGGUGAAAAACCGCACAAAUGCGUCGUUUGUUCCAAAGCGUUCAGCCAGUCGUCGAACCUGAUCACGCACAUGCGCAAACAUACCGGAUACAAACCGUUCUCCUGUGGAUUUUGCGAGAAAGCUUUUCAGAGAAAAGUUGAUCUUCGGAGGCACAGAGAAUCUCAGCACCCUUCCAUGCCGGAUACGGUUAUGAACACUGUGUAUAGAUGUUUAGAUGUGCCAUCGGUAACUGAAGUGAACGAAAAUAGUAACAAUAACAACAACGAUUGCAAAAGCUAGAACAUUUUCCUGUAUCUGUGAUGAGCUUUUUAAGAGAUUCGACGAUAGACGUCCUUAAAAUGAUAAUUUGAAAACCGAUUUUCUUCUUUUACGUCGUGCCAUGUCAUUUUAUGUCAAAUCAGCAAAUUCAAAAUUUGUAACUUUAUUUUAACCUAGACCACUGAUUUAAAACCUACAAAAAGGACUGCUAAUAGAUUUUAUUUUAGUAACAGUCUACAGAAAAAUUACUAAAUAUUUCGAUAAAUUUUAGAACACAUUUUACAAAAAAAAUCCUGCCAACCUGAGAUCUGUUGGCCGCGUGUUUCAAAAUUCUGACGAUACAUUUGAUAAGGUCUCUAGAGUAAAAUUCAAAAAAAAAAUGUUUCAAUGCUUUUGAAUAUUUUUACCGGUUUUUCAGGUUGCUACUAAGAUGAUUUUAAAACUAUAUUUCAAUAAAGGGGCAGUUUUCUUCUUGAUCUCAGCGCCCUCCUUACCUUUGACGACAUUUUUGGCCCGAAAGUUAGGAAAGUCGCUGUAUGUCAGGCUAGUCGAGGCCUCCAUGUAUUUGCUAUGGCGGUUUAACCUUUGACAUCACUGAAAAACAAGUUAGACUAUGCAAAUGUAAAUUAUAUUAAUCCAAUUUAAAGAUAUUUCAUACAAACAGCAGUUAAUAGGACGCAGUUGGAGUCAAUUUAAAGUUACCAAAAAUAUAUUCCAAUUCACUGGAGAUAUGGUACAUAACUAAAACCAUUGCGGGCAUAUGGUCACUUUCCUAGCCAUUUACUUUUGUUAUUGAAUCGCUUAGUUUUUGAUAUAAAAUUCAUCGGCAAAUGGAUUAUGCAUAUAUAUGAUAUUUCGUAACAUAUUUUCCAAAAUCUGUUGUUGAAUCUCUACCUAAAUUCUAACAUCGAACGUAAACUUUUGCUCGAUGUUUCUAGGUUAGCAAUGGACUAUUUGUGAAUGAAGCGGACAAUAAAACGAUUUAAAAAACUCAAUUGGUCAAUUCGUGUCAUGUAUGAAUGUAUAUGAAUUGUUACGUACUAAAAUAUUUGAUUGAUUGAUUUAGUUAGGUACAUAUUUUAGUAAAUAUUGCAUGUGAUGAAAUAUCGUGCUAUACAAUUUACCCAAAUGCCAUAAUGUGUGCCUUUUGCAGUUCUUCUAAAUAUGUUUCCCUGCCCUUGUAAAAUAAUGGUUUCAACAAAUUUAACUAGUCUCUAUAUUCUAAUUUUUGAAUCAACAUUAAUUUCAAUAUGAAAAUUUCGUUUUUAGUUUCAAUCGAUAAUACAUCAAAAAUAAUAUACCUCUCGCUUAUCGCAUAUUGCGAAAAUUGGCAGUGUGUCGAAGUUGCCUCUUACUGAUCCGUCCCAUUGUGACCAAAGUAAAAAAAUAUGUAAAAGAGAUUGUUAACUUGUAUAUAACUUUUUAAAUUGUUAAAAUUAAUUUUAUAUUUGCAAACGUGUAAAUUAAAUAUUUUAUGAUAAAAUAUUAAUGUGUAUUUUUGAAAAUCGGUCUAGUCUAAGUAAACGGUAUUUUUUUUGCAUUUUCGUAGAACUUUUAUCGUGCGUUCUGGAAAGAUAAUCCUUUCGAAUUUGUAUUAAAAUUAAAUAUCCGUUCCAUAUCGGGCGGAUUAUGCACUUGCAUAUUUCCACUUGCACGUGAAAAAUUUUAUUAACAAGGUUUCCCACCGAAACUUUGUAAUAAAAUUUCAUACAGCUAAAAAGCCAAAGACUCCAUGUAAAUUUUGUAUUUAUCUGUUGUACAUAUGGGUACGUUGUU